AUGAAAAAAUGGCUAUGUUCCAUCGAUUUUCCCAUAAAUUCUCCAACCCCAACCCCCACCAAGGUUUCCCUCACGGGUGUGGCCAUCAACCACGACGGCCGCGCUGCCACCAUCACGGCGCCCAACGGCACGGCGCAGCAGCGCGUGCUGCGCAGCGCGCUGGCCGAGCGACAGACGCAGGGAGAGGACGUGACGAUGAUCGAGUGCCACGGAACAGGCACUGCUUUGGGUGACCCCAUCGAGGUUGGUGCGCAGCGGGCAGUCUAUGGCAAAGGCCGCAGCGAAUCGCAGCCAUUGAUCCUGGCUGCCACGAAGAGCAACAUUGGGCACUUGGAAGGCUCCGCCGGUGUUGCCGGCAUCUCGAAGGUCAUUUUGGCCAUCACCAAGGCUCAGAUCACCCCGAAUUUGCACUUGGAAAAACUGAAUCCAAACAUCGAUCUCUCGGGCUUCCACGUCUUGAUGCCGGACAAGUUGGUGGAAUGGAAGAGUGCCAGCUUGCGCUCUGGUGUGUCCUCCUUCGGUUUCUCUGGCACCAACGGCCACGGUUUGAUGGAAGCCACGCUGACGAACGCCACACCGCCCCAGAGGGCACCCAUGAAGUUCGCGCGCAAGGUGUUGAAACCAUGGAGGGAAUGGAUGAAGACAGUUCUGUACUUGGAAGAUUGGUUGCCUGCCGAUGUGGUUCCGACCUCCGGCCUGGUGGAAGGAACUGCCGUGCUGGCCACUCAGAGCCUGUCCGAUGAGUUGCUGAAGGCGCUGCCGAAGAUCCAAGUGCAGCACAUGUUGUUUCUAUCCACAACUCAUGAGGCCAUGAAGGGUCGCCCUGCAGCAAUCUUCUGUGCUGACGCGGAAACCCCCAGUGGGGAGCCAUCCAUGAAGGCCUUGGAACAGUUGCUGGUCUUCCUGCAAGCUGCCGCCACGGCCGAAGAUCCCAAGCUGCUGCUGGUCGUCACGCGCGGCGCGCACGAGGCCGGAGCCUCCUUCGACGGCGCCUGUGCGCUGUGGGGUCUGCUGCGCUCCGCGCGGAUCGAGAUGCCACGGCUGGUCAUCAAGGCGUUGGAUGUGGAUCUCAAAGCAACCAAUCAGGACGUGGCCAAGGCCGUGGCCCUGGAGCUUCAAGGCGCCGACAACGACGUGGAGGCUAUCACGGGUAGCGCUGGACGUCGGGUGCCGCGGGUGGUGGAGGCGCCACAGGAGGCGUUGCAGCUGCAGAGGCAGGAUGCUAUGAGAGAUGCAGAGAAGAUGGCAACACAGGUCAAGCAAGGGCUGCAGCUGGUCACCGGUGGUCUGGGCGGUUUGGGCCUGGUAGCGGCAGAGGAGUUGGUGGCCCUGGGGGCACCAGGUCUUUUGCUCACUUCCCGCAGUGGAUGCGUGGCGGAAGGUCAGAAGCGUUUACAAGAUCAAUUGAAGCGGCUUCAGCUUUUGCCUGGACUGACAGUUCAGCUGAAGGCCUGCGACGCAGGCAAGGCCAGCAAUGUUGCGAGCCUCUUGCAAGAGGCCAAGGAUGCCAAGGACCCGGUACGAGGCGUGGUGCACGCUGCAGGCAUCCUGGAUCGAUGCCCUCUGGUAGAGUUGGAUGCUGGACGCCUGCACAAGGUCAUGAGUCCAAAGGCCAGUGGCGCCUGGCAUCUCCACGACAUGGGCGAGGACUUGGAACUCUUCGUGCUCUUCAGUUCGGUCUCAGCCACCAUAGGCCUUGCGGGCGGCGCUUCCUAUGCCGCAGCAAACUGCUACUUGGACGGCUUGGCCGCAUGGCGCCACACUGCGCUGAGCCGCCAUGCUGUGAGCCUCAAGUGGGGCCCUGUUUCAGAGGUGGGCGUCACUGCGAAUGCGGGCAGCGACAACUUGGAAGCCAUGGCCUUGAAGACCUUGUCCCCAGCCCAGGUGGGUAGCGCCCUGCGCCUCUGCCUGGCUGGACCUUCGCCGCGCUCAGAGCUGUUGCUGGCGCGAGCCGAUUGGCCCGCCUUCAUGCGUGAGGUUGGCAUGGACAUCCCACAAUUCAUGGAUCUACAAUCCAAGACAGAGCAGGCUGCGGCUGGUGCUCCUGGUGCUUCUUCAUCGCUGGCACUGCUUCCAAUGGAGGAGCGGCAGAAGAAGGUCCUGGAGUCCAUCCGCUCCGCGGCCAGUGGCAUGGGUCUUGAGAUGGAUGACAACACCCCCUUGAUGGAAGCUGGUAUUGACUCCCUCUCAGCUGUGGAGUUCCGCAAUAAGGUGUCCAGCGAGUUCCGCUCUGUUCGUUUGCCAAGCACUUUGAUGUUCGACUACCCCACCCUGACGGCCCUGGCGGACUACGUCUCUGAGCAGCUGCUGCCCGAGACCGGCGCUGCAGCGCCGGUGGUGGUGGCGCCCAGUCGGGCGGCCCCCAAAGCGGUGAGCGGCGAAAGCGAGCACCUGGCUGUGCUGGGAGGGGCCUGCCACCUGCCAGGAGAUAGCUGGUCCUUGGAGAAAUUCGACUUCAUGCUCAGCAUGGGCGUGGAUUGUAGUGUGGAGAUGCCACACAGCAGGUGGGACGUGGAUGAUUACUACGACCCUGAUGCAACCACAGGUCUGAAGAUGUACGUUCGCCACGCCGCCUUCAUUGAGGGAGUGGAACUCUUUGCUGCCACAACAUUCAGUAUCAGCAAGGCAGAAGCUGAGACUAUGGAUCCUCAGCAGAGACAUUUGUUGGAAGCAGCCUUUGAAGCUCUUUCUGCAGGAGGAUUCAGCAAGGGAUCCCUGAUGGGAAGCUUCGGAGGUGUCUUCGUCGGCCAGGACAAGUGCGAUUGGAAUCGCAUGAUCACUGGAGCCCAAAGUGGCCCCUACGCCGCCACGGGCGGAUCAUCUUCCAUCAGCGCCAAUCGCAUCAGUUACUCCUUGGGACUGAAGGGUCCAUCCGCUACUGUGGACACCGCCUGUUCUUCCUCCCUGGUGGCAGCAGAUACUGCGGCUGCUACCUUGCGACGACGACGCUGCGAUUUGGCGGUGGUUUGUGGUGUGAACAUGUUGCUGUUGCCACAAACCUUCGUCGCUUGCUGCCAAGCCCAAAUGCUUUCAAAGGGCGGUCGUUGCAAGACCUUUGAUGACACGGCCAGCGGCUAUGCUCGAGGUGAAGGCGUGGGCUCCCAUGCCCUGGAACGCUUGGGCAGCUCGCGCUCUGCCGUUGCCGAGCUGCGAGGAUCUGCUUUGAACCAAGAUGGGCGCAGCUCCAACUUGACUUCCCCCAACGGACCUUCACAGCAAGCUGUGGUGCUGUCUGCCUUGGCAGAGGCUCAGGUGAAUCCUGCCAGCCAUGUGUGCCUGGAGACCCACGGCACCGGCACCGCCCUGGGGGACCCCAUGGAGGUGGGCGCCCUGCAGACGGCCCUGGGCUCCUCCGGGCGCCUGCGACCGCUGCAGCUGGGCGCGGCCAAGAGCAACGUGGGACACCUGGAAGGCGGUGCAGGCAUGGUUGGUAUGCUGAAGCUUGCUUCGCUGCUCUCACGCAACUGCCUGCCAGCCAAUCUGCACUUGCAUGAGCUCAACGCACACAUCGCUGAAGACAUCGAUGAUUUUGCUGUUCACUUCCAAUCCGAGUCAUGCCCAAGCAGUUCCUUCCCUUGCGCCUCUGUGAGUUCUUUCGGCUUUGGCGGCACCAACGGACAUGUGGUGCUGGCAGCCACGGCCAUCAGGGCGGAGAAGAAAGGACCCCGGUUUGUUGCUCAUCUUUCUGCAGGGGAAAGCGGCCAGAUGUAUGCCAACAUGGGGAAAGAACUCUACCGCAGCGAGCCCGUCUUCCGCGCUGCCGUGGACCAAUGCGCCGAGCUCCUGGACAAUGAGCUGCCGAAACCACUGCUGGAGGUGAUGCACUCAGACGGCGAUGAUGGCCUGUUGAAUCAGACACAGUACUCGCAGCCGGCCAUCUUUACCAUUGAGUAUGCCUUGGCGGAGCUUUGGCGUUCCCGUGGAUUGGAGCCCUGCGCAGUGUUGGGACACAGUGUGGGUGAGUACGCUGCUGCCGUUGUGGCUGGAGUCCUCACCUUGAAAGAUGCCGUGCAUUUGAUCGCACAGCGCGGACGUCUCAUUGCCGAGAAGUGCGAAGCGGAGGUGGGCACCAUGGCAGCCCUCUUCGCUCCCGAGCAGGAGGUGAAGAAAGCGAUGGAAAAGGCAAAGGUGAAGGCCUCUGAUAUCUCCGUGGCUGCUGUGAAUGGUCCAAAGAUGACGGUCAUCAGCGGCCGCAAGGAGGUGGUGGACAAGGUGGCUGAAACCUCGGGUGUCACCAGCCGACCGCUGACGGUGUCGCAUGCCUUCCACUCACCGUUGAUGCAGCCCAUGCUGAAGGAUUUCAGGUCAGAGGUCGAUAAGGUGUCGAUGAGUGCCUUGAAGGUGCCCUUCUUCUCGACUCUGCUUGGCCGUGAGGCGACUUCCGAGGAUCUGGCCAAGGACAAGGCAUCCCUUCCCGAGCAGGUGGACUACUGGGUGGACCACGUUUCCAACGCUGUGCGCUUCACUGCGGGCAUGGAGGCUUUGGAAAACGCCAGGUCCCCCGAGGUCUUCCUGGAGAUAGGUGCUACGCCUACCUUGGUCGGCAUGGCCAAGCGAUUCCUUGCAAGGAAGGAUGUGAAGUGGGUGGCAAGUUUGGAUCCCAAAGCUACACCAGAUGAAAAGGAUGCCAUCAAGAAGGCGGCCGAAGCGUCUGGCGCAGCAGCCUCCGCCUCCGCUGAUGGUUCCGCCAGCGAAGUGCCUGCUGCACCACUGUUGGAGCGUCAGGCCUACCCUUGGCGCGAAGCCAGCCAUCCGUUGUUGCGGCGUCGUACGCUACGCGCGGACGGCGCCACGGUCUUCGGGGUCCACUUUGGAGGGCACGUCUUGCAGCUGCUGUCGCACCACAUCGUGCAUGGAGAGGUGGUUGUGCCUGGUGCCUGCUACCUGGAAAUGAUUGUGGCAGGCUGCACCACAUUCCUUGGCAAUGAGGCCUGGUGUGUGGAAAACCUGGGCUUCGCCAAGCCUUUGGUUUUGAGGUUGCUGCCGGACGGUUCGCUGGAAGAACCCACGGAGUUGCGCUUGGUGAUCCGACCGGACGGACGGUUGGAAGUGGAAAGCGAGAUAGGUAGCGAUCCAGAGGACAGCAUUGUCUCGGUACACGUAGAAGCAACUCUCGUGACCAAGAGCGGGGGAUGGAGCAACAACCGGCCCGAGCAGGAUUCCUUCAACUUAGACAAGCUUCGGGAGCAAUGUCCAGAGGCCGUCGACAUUGACCUCAUGUACUCCUUCGGCCGCAAGAGUGGCUUGCCCCUGCAGCCACGCUUCCGAACCGUGCGACAUGUGCAGAAAGGCGAUCAGGAGUCGUUUGGUCGAUUGGAGAUGGAGCGUGACGGCACGCAGCAAGGUUUCUGGCUGGGUCCAUCAUUGAUCGAUGGCUCCUUCCAAGCGUCUAUGGCCCUGGCAGAUGCUGCCGUUGGCAUUGGCACACUGAAGAUCCCACUGUCGAUCCGAAGAUUGCAACCUUGCGGACGCAAGUACUCGAUUGCGGUGUGGUCCUACUUCCAGUUGAUUGAUUUCACCGACAAGAGCACUGUGUUCCGUUCCUGGCUCUUGAACGAUGCAGGUGAGGCACUGCUCUACUUCGACCAUGUGCACCUGCAGGAAGUCCGUGACGAACACAUUCAAAAGGUCUUGCAAGCCUCUGGUCGUCAGGGCGCAGAGCAGCAAAUGCUUUAUGACGUGCUCUGGCGCGAAAGUGAACUGAGCAGCCAGGCUUCAGGCGCUCAGCUGCUGCUGGGCAGCCAGGCCGCCCUGCGUCAGCUGGAUGCGAAGGGCCUGCGAAGCGAAGAGAUGCCCAUGGAGGAAGAGGCGCUCCGACAGCUGUUGCAAUCGGAGACAUGGUCAAAGGUCAUCCUGGCUGAUGGUCUCUUGACCUCAAGCGCCUGGAGUUCCAAGCCCGAGUCCGCCGCCUUGCCAGGUGGCGAGCAAGCGGAUGUGGCGGUGUUGAAUCGAGCUAUGCUCUUGACCAAGGUCAUCGCCAAGAUGGGUGCCACAGGGCCCCUGCUGGUCUUCCCCACCUGGGGCGCUCAGCCGCUGGCCUCGGAGGAUGCGGCGCAACGUGGCGCAGGCCUGCCAGACCACAGCGGUCUGUGGGGCUUCGCACGCGCGGUGCGCAUGGAAUACCCAGGCACACUCCGCGUCACUUGUGUGGACUUGGAUGCCUCUAAGGGUACGGCCUCCGCUUGGUCGCAGCUGGCCGAAGCCCUGCCGGCGUUGGGCAACGAAGAGGAGCUGGCGCUGCGGGGUGAAGCCAAAACUGCCAGGUUGGCGCGUUCCGCGGUGAAAUACACCGGCGCCCUGCGGCUCAACAUGCCGGCACGCGGCUCGCUCACGGGCCUGCGCUGCGUGCCACAGGCGGACACGGCGAAGACGGCCACGCCGGCGCCCAACGCGGCACAGCUCAGGAUCCGCGCCGUGGGGCUGAACUUCCGAGAUGUGCUGAAUGUCAUGGGUCUCUACCCGGGCGACCCGGGCCCACCGGGCGCCGACUGCGGCGCUACGGUGCUGGGUCUGGGCGACAGCGUGAAGCAUCUGCACUUGGCCGACGACGUCUUUGGCGAGUCACCGGGGUGCUUGAGCACCUACAACACCAGCUCCGCUGCCUUGCUGACGCAGAAGCCAAGCUCUUGGAGCUAUGAGGAGGCCUGUUGCAUGCCUGUGAUCUUCGUGACCGUGGAGGAGGCCCUAGGCGACCUGGCCAAGUUGAAGCCCAAGGAGCGCGUGCUGAUCCACGCCGCAGCUGGUGGCGUUGGUUUGGUGGCCAUCCAGUAUGCCAAGUUCAUUGGUGCAGAGGUAUACGCAACAGCUGGCGCAGAAGAAAAGCACGAAUUCUUGAGGAGUUUGGGAGUCAAGUACAUUACCAGCAGCCGCAAUGGCAACAAAUUUGAGGAGGACAUGAAGAACUUCCUGAAGGAACAGGGCGCAGAUGGCAUCGAUGUGGUGCUCAACAGUCUCAGUCAUGACGACUACAUCGGCCGUUCUCUGGCCUUGCUGAAGCCUGGUGGUCGUUUCGUGGAGAUUGGCAAGAGGGGCAUUUGGAGCCACCAACAGAUGUUCGAAGCACGUCCAGAUGUGAUGUAUGAAAAGAUUGCAGCUGACACGAUGAUGGAGAAGGAGCCCUGGCGCUACAACGCAUACCUGAAGCGAUUGCUUCAGCGCGUUGACGAGGGGGCUCUGAAACCGAUCAACAUGCACCUCUUCGACGGUUUGGAGCGCGGAGUGGCUGCUUUGCAGUUCCUGCAGCGCGCCAGCAACAUCGGCAAGGUGGUCAUCAGCUCGCCCAGUCGCCUGGGCUGUGAUGCCGAGACCAUGCCGCUCCUUUCGGGUGGUCUGGGUGCCUUGGGUGUGGUCACUGCCACCUUCCUGGUCGAGGAAGGAGCCAAGCACUUGUGCCUCCUGUCCCGAAGCGGGCAACCGGCCAAGGACGUUGGGCCUCAAUGGGCUUGGCUCCAGAAGUGCAACAUUGACCUCCGCAUCGAAAAGUGUGACGUGGGUGUGGAAGAUUCGGUGGUGGCGUUGCGCAACGCCCUGGGAGGCGCUCCGCUGGGUGCUUUGAUGCACCUGGCUGGCGUUCUGGCCGAUGGAGUGCUGCCCAGUUUGACCUUGGAGAGCUUGGAACGAUCCUACGCCCCGAAGGUCCACGGAUUGCUCCACCUCUCACGACAUUUGGACUUCAAGCGCUCGGCGCCUCACUUGCUCUUCUCGUCGACUUCAGCCCUCUUCGGCUCACCAGGACAAGCCAACUACUCAGCAUCCAACUCCUUGUUGGAUUCCUUGGCUGCGUUCUGGAGUUGCCAGGACCCUGCGGGAGCCUUGUGGCGCAAUGCACGAUCAGUGCAGUGGGGCCCAUGGGCUGAAGUGGGCAUGGCUGUGCAGGCCAACACUCUGGGACGAGCUAAGUCGAUGGGCGUGGGCGCAGUGACCAACUCACAGGGACUGGCGAUUAUGAACAGCAUUCUCUCCAGCUCCAAUUUGUUGGUGGGUGCAGUGCCUGUCCGCUGGGGCAAGUAUUUGAAGAGCGCUUAUCCUCAAGUGCCAAACUUCUUGAAAGACUUCGAAGCAGAAGCGAAGAAGGAGGCCGCCGAAGCCCGUGCCGCCCGCGGCGAAGCCAGCGGCGGCGGAAGUUUGUCGGCGUUGGCAGGGCUGUCGCCCGAGGAACGCCUGGAGGCAGUCCGAGCGAGCUUGCGAGACCUCGCACGCGAGGUCAUUGAUUCCGCCGACUUGGAAGCCGACCACGCCUUGAUGGACUCCGGCAUGGAUUCACUUUCAGGUGUGGAGUUCAGGAAUCGUCUGCAGACCGAGUUCGAUGGUGUCAACUUGCCCAACUCCAUGGUCUUCGACUAUCCCACGGUGACGGAGUUGGCAGGUUACAUCAACAGCCAGUUGGGCGACCUGCCAGCCGAAGCCUCCUCCGCGUCCACAGCUCCUGUGGCUGCAGCCCCUGCAGCAGAGACCUAUGUGGAGUCCCUGAAUGCCCAUUGCGUCACCAAAGGUGUGGAAAGCCCAGAGAGCAGACCUAUCUUCCUGGUGCCCGGUGCAGGCAUGCAGGCGGGCAGCUUCCGAUCCCUGGCUCAGCGCCUGGCGUUGCCCUCCUAUGGUCUCAGCUGGCCGCGGGGACUGCCACGCAGCCAGUGGCCCAGCAGCCUCAAGGACCUUUCAGAGCAUUUCUUCAAAGAGAUCCAGAAGAUUCAGCCUCAAGGACCGUACCUCUUCGCUGGUCAUUCCUUUGGUGCCAACGUUUGCCUCGAGAUGGCCAACGUGGUGCGUGCUGCCGGACAGCAGGUGUCCAUGGUGAUUCUGCUGGAUCCUCGAAGUUUGCUUCCAUUGGACGUGAACGUGGAAAAGGCCUUUGAAGACUCAGGUCUCACCGAGAGCUUGGCGUUGCUGUGUCAGACCUUGCCCGGCAACGAAGCACAGAAAUAUCAGGAGUUGCUGUCGAGUCUGCAGAAGGUGGAAGUACAGGACCGUGAUGAGGCUAUCAAAAAAGCGCUGAAUCCCAGCGCAUUGGCAUCUCUGGAACACUUGCACGAGACGACGCAGUGGUACAGUUCAUUGCUGCAGAACGGUGCCGUGCCUGAGUCCAAUGAUGUGCAAUGUGUUCGCUUACAAGCUCCAAUGGCCUGGAAAGCUGAAGCAGCAGAGGAAAGCAUGGGUGAGAAGAUUGUCCGUGAAUUCCAAGCGAAGAACUUCCAGGAGGACGAACUCGUGACCAAGAAGCUGAAGGGAGGAGUCACCAUGAAGGUGCCUGGAACACAUUUCAGUAUGAUGCAUGAGCCACAUGUGGUGAAGGUUGCAUUGCGAAUCUGCUCAGCCAUCGCUGGGCUCGAUGACUAGGUGUUGUACACCUCGUGAUUCGCAAAGCCGGUCAGCCAUCGAGGGUGGAUGGUUGUGCCCAUUGGCAGA